AUGGGAACAAACUCACCAAAUCCAGUUCCAUUCUCCGAACCGCCAUACCUCUGUGGUCUUCCCUCGCCAUACUACACAGAAGCUCAUCGUCAGUUCCAGAAGGCAUGUCGAGCAUUUAUUUGGGAGCAUUUGCAUUCCCAUGCCAUGGAAUGGGAGCGGGAGGGCACUGUUCCACCUCAUGUGUUUGAAGUAUUUGCCAAACACAACAUGCUACUUCCAAACCUGCCUUCUCCCUUACCAGUUGCAUGGUUGAAGAAGUUAAAUAUUCAUGAUAUCUUGGGUGUCAAGGUUGAGGACUGGGAUUUAAUAUACACUGGUAUAUAUCUGGAUGAGGUCAGUGGCUACACACUUGUGUGCUACACACCAACUUGUGUUGACUUUGAUUAG